CAGCGCGCACUAUCGCAGGCGCGUAGUAGAUGUCGCUGUUGUCCGUGCUUACGCGGCCAGCCGGCCAGGCUCUGGAGCACGUGACCUGAGAGGAGGCUGCGGCUCAAGGCCAUUUUCAAAUCUCAUUGGCUUGGUUGUCAUGUGGUCGGCAGAGGCAUCCACAAUUACACGGGGAAUGUUUUCCUAGAGAUGUCAGCCUACAAAGGACACAAUCUCUCUUCUUCAUAUUCUUCCCCAAAAUGUCCUUUCCCAACAGCUCUCCUGCUGCUAAUACUUUUUUAGUAGAUUCCUUGAUCAGUGCCUGCAGGAGUGACAGUUUUUAUUCCAGCAGCGCCAGCAUGUACAUGCCACCACCUAGCGCAGACAUGGGGACCUAUGGAAUGCAAACCUGUGGACUGCUCCCGUCUCUGGCCAAAAGAGAAGUGAACCACCAAAAUAUGGGUAUGAAUGUGCAUCCUUAUAUACCUCAAGUAGACAGUUGGACAGAUCCGAACAGAUCUUGUCGAAUAGAGCAACCUGUUACACAGCAAGUCCCCACUUGCUCCUUCACUACCAACAUUAAGGAAGAAUCCAAUUGCUGCAUGUAUUCUGAUAAGCGCAACAAACUCAUUUCGGCCGAGGUCCCUUCGUACCAGAGGCUGGUCCCUGAGUCUUGUCCCGUUGAGAACCCUGAGGUUCCCGUCCCUGGAUAUUUUAGACUGAGUCAGACCUACGCCACCGGGAAAACCCAAGAGUACAAUAACAGCCCCGAAGGCAGCUCCACUGUCAUGCUCCAGCUCAACCCUCGUGGCGCGGCCAAGCCGCAGCUCUCCGCUGCCCAGCUGCAGAUGGAAAAGAAGAUGAACGAGCCCGUGAGCGGCCAGGAGCCCACCAAAGUCUCCCAGGUGGAGAGCCCCGAGGCCAAAGGCGGCCUUCCCGAAGAGAGGAGCUGCCUGGCUGAGGUCUCCGUGUCCAGUCCCGAAGUGCAGGAGAAGGAAAGCAAAGAGGAAAUCAAGUCUGAUACACCAACCAGCAAUUGGCUCACUGCAAAGAGUGGCAGAAAGAAGAGGUGCCCUUACACUAAGCACCAAACGCUGGAAUUAGAAAAAGAGUUCUUGUUCAAUAUGUACCUCACCCGCGAGCGCCGCCUAGAGAUCAGUAAGAGCGUUAACCUCACCGACAGGCAGGUCAAGAUUUGGUUUCAAAACCGCCGAAUGAAACUCAAGAAGAUGAGCCGAGAGAAUCGGAUCCGAGAACUGACCGCCAACCUCACGUUUUCUUAGGUCCGAGGCCGGUCAGAGGCCAGGAUUGGAGAGGGGGCACCGCGUUCCAGGGCCCAGUGCUGGAGGACUGGGAAAGCGGAAACAAAACCUUCACCGCUCUUUGUUUUUUGUUUUGUUGUAUUUUGUUUUCCUGCUAGAAUGUGACUUUGGGGUCAUUAUGUUCGUGCUGCAAGUGAUCUGUAAUCCCUAUGAGUAUAUAUAUAUAUAUAUAUAUAUAUAUAUAUAUAUAUAUAACUUAGCACGUGUAAUUUAUUAUUUUUUCAUCGUAAUGCAGGGUAACUAUUAUUGCGCAUUUUCAUUUGGGUCUUAACUUAUUGGAACUGUAGAGCAUCCAUCCAUCCAUCCAGCAAUGUGACUUUUUCAUGUCUUUCCUAACACAAAAGGUCUAUGUGUGUGGUUUGUCCAUGAACUCAUGGCAUUUUGAAUACAUCCAGUACUUUUAAAAUGACAUAUAUAUUAAAAAAAAAAAGAUUAAGAAAACCCACAAGCUUGGAGGGAGGGGGACUUAAAGAGCACAUUACAAUGUAUCUUUUCACAAAUGAAUUUAGCAAUUGUCCUUGGUGAGAUGGGAUAUUGACGAUUUAUGCCUUGUAGCCUUUCCCUUGUGGUGCAUCUGUGGUUUGGUAGAAGUACAACAGCAACCUGUCCUUUCUGUGCAUGUUCUGGUCGCAUGUAUAAUGCAAUAAACUCUGGAAACGAGUUC